AUGUAUAACCUUGUUAUGGACCUCUCUGUUUUUUAUGAUAUUCAAAGGGGAAUUUGUUAUUUCUUUUUUAAACAGUUAUUUGUUCCUUUGGAUGCUCCAGUCCGAUUUGAAUUUGAAAGUCAAAAAGCUUAUGACCAAAUUCCAGGCGGGCAAUUAGAUGUUGACCCUCCUCCAUCUUUAAUUGCCACACCUCAUUCAACACAAAUUUCUACCCAACAAACAGCUAAUGAAUUAAAAGAUAUUCCGAGAAGAUUUGCACGUGCAGUUAAAGUAAAAGAUCCUUCUGGCCCUCAACAUCACGAUAUUCUACGUUUUUAUGUUGUCCAUAAAAGAUAUGAAAAUUUAUUAGUUAGUGACACUUUGGCUAAAUUAUUUGAAUAUACACAGGAAAUGAUGAAUGUUAAAAUGGAAUGGGGUGGAGAACAAUGGAUAUUGGAAGAUUUUUGUCGGAAAAAUCCAGGCCAAGAACAUUGCAAUAAUGAUUUAAAUAUUUGGUUAAAACACGCAGAGAAUUUAUUUAGAACUAAUGGAACUAGAAAUAAUCCAAAUCUUCAAUUAUCUUAUCCUGUUAUGUAUUUAUUUAAUCGACCAAAGGAUAUUGGAAAUAUUAUUUAUGGGGUAAAUGUUACUGGAAUAAAACACGAAAUUGUUGGGGCAAGAGUUUUAACAAUUCAUUGGUUUAUAACAUUUCCAAAUUCUGGCGAUAAUUUGGCUGCUUAUUAUCGUUAUAGAGACAAUUUAAAUGGAUUUUGGGAUACAAAAACUAAAGAAUCAGACAUUAAAUUUAUUCCACACAAUGAAAAAGCAAUGGAUGACGAAUUAAGAUUAAUAAUAGAAACAGCAAUCCCUUUUGUUUUGCCGGCAACAAUUCAAUUAAUGUUUUUUGUUUAUUUUACUAAUUUGGCUAAAGAUGUUAGAAAAUCAAAACCUGUUGAAGCUUUUUUUGGUGUUAUAAGUGUUUGCCUUAGUUUAGGGGCUACUUUUGGGUAA